AUGAACUCAGAAUGCGGACGAAAGAAGGAUAUCAAAAGGAUAUCUCUGACCCCUCUGUCGACAACUAGCAUCACUUUUGACAUCAACGAUGUCGAAUGGUCAAAGCUGGAAAGUAAGUUCAAUCAACUUAUAGAUCUUAGAAGUGCCUCCGUUCCCGGCAUAAGCUCCGCACAAGCACGAACCGAACACUGGGAUAAGGUUUCCAGUAUUAUUUCCUCCCUUCUGGAACAAGCCCUUGUAGAGUGCAGUGCUUUCCUUUUUCAAGGAAAGGCUGAGGAAGCUGAAGUAGCCGGUAUGCAGACCUUGCGACUGCGCGAACGCUUCUAUGGACCAAAAGAUCUCCAACUCGUGCCUGUCUAUUUUCACCUUGCUCGUGUGAAGCAAUAUAUGAAGAAAUAUCAGGAAUCCGAAGAAAUGCUUUUGCUAGCUCAGUUCCUCAUUCUGAAAAAACAAGAAGAGGUGUCCAUCUCAACAAAAGCCGAGCUUCAUCAGACCUUUGGGCUGCUUUAUGCUUCAGAUAAAAAGCUCGAAAAUGCAAUCAAACAUUUGAGCUGCGCCUCAUAUUAUUUUAGCUGCAUGUACGGCCCACAACACGUCCUUACAACCUUUAGCUAUUUCGAUUUGGGUAAUGUUUUUGCUGCCAAUUCAAACAUAGAGAACUCAAUGGCCACAUACGACACCAUUAAGGAAAUAUGGUAUUCAUAUUUAGUGGACGUUUUGAAUGAAAUCGUUCAGAAAAAAAAAGAGUCCGAAAAGCUCAAAAAAUACGAGGAUGGGGAAGAAAAUAGAAAGCUGGUCUACGCUUCUAAGCAAGCAUUCGGUGCUGAAAACUUAACCGUCACCUCGAAGAUGUUGAAUGGAAUUUACAACAUCCAAAAGGAACGAUUUCAGGUACUACACCCAACCCCGACGCGAUCGGAGUUUAUUUUAGGGCUUUUCCUGCUUUGGGUAGAGGACGACAGCGAGGCUGAGGUACAUAUGAUAGAGGCCCACAAAGCCUCGCAGGUCUUUUACGGUGAGCGCCAUCCGGUCGUGACGGAAAUUGAGGAUUGGUGCAAGAAGUUUGACAUCAGUUAUGUCGAGGACACACAGGGCAAGGAUGACAGCGAGAGUGAUCACCCUGAGAAUGAAGCCGAUGAAGAAUAG